UUUACGUCAGUCUGAGAUUUUAUUUGGCUAUGGAGGGCACCUUGUUAUCGCAUGUUGUUUUGCUGUAAAUUUAUUUGCGUUUUCGAGUAAAAUAAUGGCUUUACCAGUUAUUAAAUCGCUCUUUUUAACAUUGGCUAUCCUUCCAUGGCUGUGUGUCGCAGAAAGACGGUAUCAAUAUGGUGGAAAAGUGGAUGUAUUUAUGAACAAAGUUGGCCCUUAUUACAAUCCGCAUCAAACCUAUCCUUACUAUGAAGCAAUGCAUGUUUGUGUGCCUGAGGAACUGAGGUACGAAUCUCUUUCAUUGUCUCAAGUCUUGAAUGGAGAUAGGAAAGUCAAAUCUGGUUACGACGUCAAAUUUGGAGUAACAAAGAAAAAUUCAGACCUCUGUGUUUUGAAUAUUCAAGACGACACUAUUUUGAAAAAGUUUCAAAACGUAAUCUCGGAGUUCUUCUAUUACGAAAUGUACGUCGACGAUUUGAGAGUACGAGGAUUUGUUGGGGAGUACGAAAGCAGUCGAUAUAUUGACCCGCGUUUCAGGACAAAUUACUCGGACAUUUUUAAUGAUAUUACCAUCAACAUAGCGUAUAAUAACGUCACCGGUACUAUCGUGUCUGUUAAUAUCACUACUGACCGUCACCCACCAUUUGACUUGAACAACGAGGACGUUCCAUUUGGAAUCUUGAUAAAAUAUGACGUCAUUUGGACAAAAACCGAAUUAACUCGAGAGCAAGCAUUGAAGCGUGACCUUUCACAACGAACUUCAAAUGUCCGAGCUUUCUCAUUGCUGAAUUCAAUAAUAGUCGCGUUUUUUCUCACAAGCAUGGCAGUAGCUGCGUUACUAAAGGCUCGUCGUGAUCUCCAACUCCCAAAUAAUGGGAAAGACUUGCCACUAGAUGUCGGUGUAGGUAUUUACGCCCUCCCCCGUUUCCAAUCCCUUCUUUCCUCACUUUUAGGCGUCGGUGGGCAACUCAUCUUCAUUUUUGUAAGUUUACUAAUCUACAAAUACAUAUGGUAUUGUGAUCACACAGAAGGUGCUAUAUACAUCACAAUUAUUUUGCUUUAUAUUGUAUCUUCAUUCAUAGCUGGUUAUAUUUCUGCAUCCUAUUAUCGAAAAAUGCACGGAGUGAAAUGGACCAGAAAUAUUAUUUUAUCUGCUUUUUUGUUCACAGCUCCUACUCUGAGUAUAUGGUUUAUAAUCAAUACUAUCCAUUGGGCUAAUAGUACAACUCUCGCUUUACCUUACACCACUGCUCUAAUUGUCAUUGCUUUAUGGUGCAUUUUUGGGUUUUCGCUCAAUUUAUUUGGGGGCAUAUUGGGUAAAAAUGUUGUAAAAAUCUAUGACCCACCAUUUGGAAUUGAAAGUACGCCUUUCAUAGUCCCAAAACAGCCGUGGUAUAAAAGUACAAUAAUUCAUCUUGCAUUUGGUGGUAUCGGAUUUAGUGUCAUUGCCAUUGAGAUUUACUUCUUUAUGACAUCACUAUGGGAGAGACAAGUUUUUGUGUUUCAAUCUUGGAUCCUAUUUGCUCAAAUAUUUCUCGCAUUCUGGGUGACAAUGUGCAUGUCCAUUGUGCUUACAAAUGUGCAAAUAGCGUCGAAGAAUGUCUACUGGUGGUGGAAAUCAUUUUUUCAUGGAGGGACUUUCGGUAUUUACGUAAUGCUUUAUUCCUUACAUUAUUAUUUCAAACGGUCAAACAUGGAUGGUUUUGUGCAGGGUGUUACGUACUUUGGCUCGAUGUUCUUAAUAUCAUUUGCUGCGUCUGUGAUGUUUGGUACGAUCUCGUUUUUGGCCUCAUUUGCUUUCAUACAGUACAGAUUGUCUAAAUCGAACUUCACAGAGUCCAUAGAGUUAGAAGAAACCAAACAACUUGAAUCUGAAACUUGAAAAAGCACAAAUUCAAAAUUUCAGAAAAUUUAAUCAUCACUAGUAGUGAUAAUUCUGACUUCGAAGCAAAGCUUUGGGGUCAAAGAAAAUUUCCAAUUGUUUAUAAUCAGUCCUAAGCCCUUCUUAUUAUAUUUUUGCAUGUUGUAUUACUGUUGACAAUUUUUUUUAAGAUUUGCAUUAUCAUGUGAUAUCCUUUUUUCUUUCCAAUUUUUUAUUCUUGUUUUAGUAUUUUUUGAAGACAUUAUUUUUGAGGCCUCAACCAAACUUAAAAAUCUAAAUUUAUUUUCUCCCCACAGCAAUUGUGAUGCCUGUUCCAAGAGUGUCUUGUCUUGAAAGAAACUUUCCUUAGAGGUCAGUCGACCUUGAAGUUUUGCCCGCCUCCUCCGAUUAUAUUUCAUGAUUAUUGUUUGUUUGUUUAUACUCACUGCAUGAUGUACUUGUUUGUAAUCAAAUAUUCGAAAAUAAAUUAUUAUCUCUCUUUCCGACUUCCUCUCGGAAAAAGCCAGGUUUCAACUCCAAUGAUUGACUUGGAACUCAGACAAACCUUGACCCCAGGGUUCAGAUAAUUGCACCUAACACUGGUUAUCGACUUCCUCCCAACACCGACUAUCACGCACUCACUAUGGAGAGACGUUUCAUUUUAUAUAUAUCACUGAAUCUCUCUAUUUUCUCAGUUGCAGAUAUUAUAGUAAUACUUAUGUAUUUAUUUAAUUUUAAUACUCAACAUUUCUUCAAUUUUGUUUUAAACAUUUUUGUUUUUUGUUCCUCUCAUUUCCUUCAAACCUCUACUGCGAACCUUAAACAAGUUCACAUCUCAUACGAAUCUGAGUACGGUACACCUUUAAAAAGUGGGACAGAUGGUCUAACGGUUAAAGCACCAAACUUACUUAUCUCAUACUCAUUUAAAUCUCACCUUGCUCGGCCGUCCCAGGGAGUAACGAGAUGGUUGGACAACUCACAAACGAAAAGAUUCCUUCCAAAAAAAAAAAUCUUCAUCUUAUCAGUGGUUUCUUGUACAUGGCCUUGUUCAGAACUAAAGACGCCUUAUAAAUUUUCCUAGUUAAUAAUAGAUCUUUGUCUUAUUUUAGUCAUGUGUAUUUCUGUAACUUCUAUUUUUUGUAUUAUAAUAGUUUUAUUAUAUGUUUCAAUAGGUUGAAUGAAUAAUCUCUUCACUGA